GCCGCGGUGUAGGGGCGGCGGCGGCGGCGGGCUCUGCGCGAUGGCUUCCUCGGUGUGGUGCUGCCUGCGGUGCUGCAGAGACGGCGGGACCGGCCACAUCCCUCUGAAGGAGAUGCCGGCCGUGCAGCUGGACACGCAGCACAUGGGAACAGAUGUUGUCAUUGUAAAAAAUGGAAGAAGAAUAUGUGGAACAGGAGGCUGUUUAGCCAGUGCACCUUUACAUCAAAACAAAAGCUACUUUGAGUUCAAAAUCCAGUCCACAGGAAUCUGGGGUAUUGGUGUUGCAACUCAGAAAGUUAACUUGAAUCAGAUCCCUCUGGGCCGGGACGUGCACAGCCUGGUGAUGAGAAACGAUGGAGCCCUGUACCACAACAAUGAAGAGAAGAACAGGCUACCGGCAAACAGCCUCCCGCAGGAAGGGGACGUGGUGGGUAUUACAUAUGACCAUGUAGAGUUGAAUGUAUAUUUGAAUGGAAAAAACAUGCAUUGUCCAGCAUCAGGUAUACGAGGAACAGUGUAUCCGGUUGUUUAUGUUGAUGACAGUGCAAUUUUGGAUUGCCAGUUCAGUGAAUUUUACCAUACUCCACCACCUGGUUUUGAAAAAAUAUUAUUUGAACAGCAAAUCUUCUGAAUGUAUUUGUCUUUGAAACUCAUAUUUCUGCACUGUUAAAAGUGUUUACCAUUUAAUAAAGCUUUACCUUACCUAUAGAUAAAAAUAUAUUCUUAAAAAUAUGCUUGUUAGUGUUGUCUAAGGAACCAAUGUAUUCAGUGUUCCACCCAGAAGUUGUGAUUUAAAAUACUUAUGUUUUGUGAUGUGAAAAUCAGCAUUUGGGACAGUUUAUUUAAUUCUUAUUUAAAUAAAUAUAACUAUGGGUUUGAUUAACAGUAUUACAUGGUAAUAUGUAUAUAGAUAUUUAAAAGGGACUUUUUCUUACAGAAAAUAUGUUUUGAUAGAGGUAUAAAAUUGGGUGGAAUUUUUUUGUCAUUCUAAAGUUUAGAACUCCAUUAACUAUUUUGAGUCUGCAGUCUAAUAAUUUUGUGUCUCAGUAUUCGUUUUUUACAUACAAAAGUAUGACAAAGUGAAAUUUAUAUUAUUGGCAACUUCGGUUUUGUCAAUCUGUUUACUGCACACAGUACAACUUUUCCCAAGACUUCAACUUCUUGUGUUGCUGUGUAAUGCCGUUGCUUUUGGUUGGCUUUGUAAGAGAAGAUAAACUAGUAUUGUCAGAACAUUUUGAUGAAGACCGUCCCGCUGUAUUGCUUCCAUGCCAGAGUGAGUGGUUAGUUAUCAAUGUAAUGUACACUGGCAGACAUUCAAAAUAGUAUGAUGCUUUAAACUUCAAUGAGAUUAGCCUUUUAAGGACUUUUAUCUAAAUGCAUAUUUUCUGUAAGUAAUAAUGAAAAUAACAGUCAAAGACUAUCAGUAAUAUAUUAAACACGUUCUUGUUUUGUGAACAUACUGUCACUUUACUCCACCCUUGACUGUAUCAGAAUUCAGAGAUAAGUGGUUCCUCUCCAGGACUCGGAGCCUUUGCCUGUGUCCAGGAAGAAUCCCAGUCCUUUAGUCAAUACCCUGCUGACCUGAACUUUCACUGUGCACGUCUUUAGGUACAGUUUCUCUUCAAAAGAGCAUGCCAAGGAGCGUUCUUGCUGCUUUUAUGCACACGAAGCAGUACUGUAUGUUGUGCUAGCAAACCAUGGGUGGUGCAGUUGGAAGGAGAUCUGAAUUGUGGUCUCGCUGCCGAGUCCUCAGGUGAAUUCUGCAGUCUUUCUGAGCCCCUUGCUCCCCACUUACAUACACAGGGAUGAUCCCAGGUAUGGCCUUGAUUCUCUAAGUGUUCAAUAAUGUAUGUAAAACACGCUGAUCCUCACAGACACUGAAUAAAUGCUGUUUUCCUCUGCUCUGAAGGAGUGGUUUUCAUAGUGUGCCUCACUUCAGCACUGCUGCCCAUCACCUGGGGGCUGGUUAGAAAGGGACACUGUCAGGCCCUACGCCAGCCCCACGGCAUCAGAAACGGCCAGGGAGAGGCAGGAGUCUCUGAAGACACCCUUCAGCUGGAUGUGGUCUACACUGCAGGCCGAGAAGCUCUGCGCAGGAGACUUCUUGGAGAAAUAUCACCUACCAUAAAUGUUCUAAGGAUGUAAGAUGGGCUAUUUUGACUCAUGGGCUAGAUCCUGCACAGUGCUUAUUUGUUGUUUAUUUGGUAGACAAAAAUGUGACCAAGUGCUUUAAAAAACAAAGAUGUACUAGGAUAACAUUUAUCUUAUAAAUAGCAAAUUUUACCUCAAGAUACAUAGAACUCAAUUAGCUAUAUAUUAUUUAUGCAUUUUCCCCUGUCAUAGUCACUUUAAUUCAUAAAAAACAUGCUUGCUUGGGAAAACAAAUUAAAGUGACCACUGUUUGCUGUUUUUAUGUUACCUACCUCUUAGUCAUUUUUUCAAAAGGCAACCUUUUUAAAAUUCAUCGUAUUCUUUUCUGCUUCUAAUCCUACAAAAGAGGCAUGUUACAAAGAUGAUAUGAGCUUGUGUUCCAUGGCAACAGUUUGGUGAAGUCUAGAUGUGUUUGUAAUCUGUGUCUGUCGAAUUCCUCUUAAGAAGGUUACAUUGCACUGAUCUUUCUUCUAAAACCGGUAACUUCAGUCUGAUGAGAAAAGCACCAAAUUCCAGCAGAGAGGCAUCCUACAAGAUCCUUGACCUUGCUCCUCAAAACCGUCAAGGUCCUCAGGACCGAAGAAAGCCCGAGAAACUGCCGCACCCCCGAGGAAGGUAUCCUGGAAGGAACCUGGAACAGCAGAAAGACCUUAGGGAAAAGUAAAGACACCUGAAUAAACCAUGUAUUUAUUUAUUUAAGAAUGUAUUAAUAUAUUUAUUCAUUCAUGGUAACAAAUAUACCAUACUAGUAUAAGAUGUUAAUAACAGGAGAAACUGAGAGAGAUUAUGAGAACUCUGUACCGGCUUAAUUUUUCUGUAAAUCCAAACUGUUAUAAGCAAUAAAGUCUAUUUUUUUAAUGUACUGAGCUAGGAAAAAUUUUAAAAUAAAACCUUUCCCUAGGGUGAUAGGAUGGUAUUAGUAUAGUAUAUACCCAUACUUUCAAUAUUUAAUGACAGCUAAAUAUAUUUGUGGACAGGAUAAAAAACUUUCUUGCAUUUUAACAUACAAAAACCUGCAUUUGUUAGUGCCUGAAGAGUCACUGCCAACUGUUUUGAUUCUGUAUAUUGCAAAAAUCUAUUUGUCCCCACCAGUACAGCUUUUUACACUCAGACUGAAAAUUAACUAGUGAUUUAUUUUCUGUUAUUAAUUCAGUGAUUUAAAUGUUGUAAGGACUAUGCAGUUCUAGAUAUGUAAAACCAAAUAUUAUGAAUAAUCAUUUUACAUAUUUAAAAAUCAGAGAAAGAAAAUUUGGCUUUUAACUGCCUUUGCCUAUCAGUUAGAAUUGGAAUGUGUUUUCAAACUAUAUAUUGGAUUACAAACUAUUAUGAGUUAAUUUAAUAAUGAUAUCAAUUACAAUUUGAAUUAAGGCUUUUUAAGUAAUUAAUAAAAACAGAAUAUGCAUGAUACUUUUGCUCACA